AUGGCUCGAGAAUUCAGACUCCUCUUUGUCCUUUGGCUUGUUGCAGCCUGUCUUGACCCUUGUGGAUCACACCCAUGUGGCAGUGGGAGCACCUGUGAGCCUCGUGCUCAAUUAACCUUCGUAUGCUUGUGCUUGCCUGGUGAUUUCUACAGUGAUGUCAGCAAAAGUUGUGAGCGUGCCAAAGUUUUCCCAAGAGAGCUGCUCCUGCCUAGCAUAACAUACAGUGCAGGCAUGAAUGACAAGAAGUCAGAAGAAUUUCAAGCUGCCUCACAAGAAAUUAUUGCUGCGCUGUAUGAAGUUUUCAGAAAUUCUUCUGGUUACUCUGGAUCUACAGUGCUGGAACUCCAGAAUGGCGCAAACAACAAUCGUCAGUCAAGGUCAGAAAAUCAGGAUCCGGUCAGAGCAACUGUAGAGAUCAUCUUCAGGAGAAGUUCGGACAUCACAACAGCAGGCGUUGAUAAAAUGAUGAAAAAUGCCAUUAGUUGUGACAACUGUGUCCUGUCAGGGGCAUCUUUCUCAACUUGUCCCAGUGGCCAAAAACCUGCAAGCAUCUCCACAUGUGUUGAUUGUCCGUUUGGUUAUUCUGGUUUCAACUGCAAUGAAUCAUGGCAGCUGGCUCUGGUAAUCGUCGGCUCCGUGCUCGGGGGACUGCUGCUCAUCACAUUAAUUCUUCUGCCUGUAGUGGCACUCACAUCCUCAAAGAAGAGCUCCAAGAAGAACAAAAAUGGAGACACCGGGAAGGCUCACUUCAGCCAGUCUCCUGCUAAGGCACCACUGGUCAACAGCAGCAACAGCCAGGUUAAUGGGUCAGCUGCCGCCUCUGCCAGUGCUGGGGUGCUUAGGAUCCCACGGGCUAUACCCACCAGCAACUUGGACAGAACCAGCCUGGAGAUGACUCCAAACAGGCAGAACCCUGUCCCUGUGGGGAGGAACUCGCGGCGGUAUGAAAACCCAGACGACAUGGCCCCUUAUGCUCAAUCUCGACCACAGAACAACCCCUACGCCCAGAAGCGACCUCAGAUCAACCCAUAUGCUUUGAGAAAAGGCCAGUCCAACCCCAACUUCGUGCCCGAUGAUGGAAGACGCUUCACCUAA